CCGGCGGCUUCACACCUGUCCACGCCAACCAACAUCUUCAUCUCCAGAACCAUCUCUACCUCAUCCAGUAAGCAAAAAAGGGGAAAAGCACUCAAAAUGACCGACCUAGAGUCAUCGAAAAAUGGUAAACACCAUGAACAACAACAUCAUCAUCAUCAUCAUAAUAACAAUGAUAUUGUGGAAAGUGAGCCGCUCACAUGGAGAUUCUGGAGGAAGCAACGUUACAUUGUGGUGAUGAUGGCCUUUUUCGGUUUCUUUAAUGUCUAUUCACUGCGUGUGAAUCUCUCUGUGGCCAUUGUGGCCAUGACCGAAAACCGCACUGUUGUGGAUAGUGCUGGAAAUGUAUCCUAUGAGCAGGACUUUCCAUGGGACUCCAAGCAGAAGGGCUUGAUUUUAAGCUCCUUUUUCUAUGGUUACAUUCUGACCCAAUUUCUGGGUGGCUACAUAGGCACCAGAAUCGGAGGCAAUCUCGUUUUUGGUUGUGGCAUAGGAACAACGGCAAUUCUAACUUUGCUGACACCGCUGGCAGCCAAGCAUAGUUUGGAAAUGUUUUUGGCAGUGCGUAUUAUUGAGGGCGUGUUCGAGGGAGUCACAUUUCCGGGAAUCCAUGCGGUAUGGGCUCGCUGGUCACCGCCUUUGGAACGUUCUAGGAUGGCAUCGAUUGCCUUUGCUGGCAACUAUGCCGGAACUGUGAUAGCUAUGCCUUCAUCUGGCUUAUUGGCCGCUCGCUACGGAUGGGAGAGUGUGUUCUAUGUGUUUGGGACCAUUGGUUGCAUUUGGUAUGUCAGCUGGUUGUUAAUUGUACGCGCUGGACCCGAAUUGGAUCGUUUCUGUUCGAAGGAGGAAUGCGAUUACAUACAGAAGACAAUCGGCUAUGUGGGCACCAAGCAUAUUAAGCAUCCAUGGAAGUCAAUUUUCACAUCGAUGGCAUUCUAUGCCAUUAUGGCUUCACAUUUCUCUGAGAAUUGGGGAUUCUAUACAUUGCUAACGCAAUUGCCUAGCUUCCUUAAAGAUACGCUGAACUUUGAGCUGGGUAAGACGGGCUUUUUAUCGGCUGUGCCAUACCUGGCCAUGGGCAUUCUGUUGGCCAUUUCCGGCUAUUUGGCCGAUUGGUUGCAAGUGAAGGGCAUUUGGACCACUACGCAAGUGAGACGUAAUUUCAACUGCGGCGCCUUCCUGGCCCAGACUGUAUUUAUGAUGCUGACCGCUUAUCUGUUGGAUCCCACCUGGUCGGUGGUCUGCCUAACCAUUGCGGUGGGCUUGGGUGCAUUUGCGUGGUCUGGUUUUGCCGUCAAUCACUUGGAUAUUGCGCCACAGCAUGCCAGUGUCCUGAUGGGCAUUGGCAACACUUUUGCCACCAUUCCCGGCAUCGUUAGUCCUUUACUUACUGGCUACGUUGUAGUUAAUCAGACAAGUGAUGAGUGGCGAAUCAUCUUCUUUAUUUCCGCUGGCAUUUAUCUCGUGGGCUGUGUCAUUUAUUGGUUCUAUUGCUCAGGCGAGCUCCAGGAAUGGGCCAAGACCCCCGAACAAAAGGCACGCGAGGCGGAAGAGAAGCAACUCCAGCUGACCCAAACCACCGGAACAGCUGGCAUUGUGAACGACGGCGCCGAGCUGAAGGAGUAAAAUGUCAUUUAGCUAAUCUGUUGUAUACUGUUGUAUAAUUGUAUUGACGUUUCCAAAUGUUGUAGUAAUUAGGUAUCCAAGUAUUCAGAAAGUACCAUACGACACGAUGAUGAUGAUGAUGAUGAUCAUGUAUUCUAGAAUUUUGUUAUCUGUUACAUUUGUGUAACUGUGUUUUAUUUAUGUUAUUCCCUACGUUUUAAUCCCUUGACUAUAUGUUAGACUACCAAAAGCACUCGCUUAGAGUGAACCUGCGAAUAAAAGAAGCAUUUAAUUAAAAACAAAAACAA